GUGGAUUCAUUAAAACACUAGCAAACUGCUCUGUAGCGCAACUAACGUUACCGAGACAUCUACCCCCAAAAACUGCCAGCAAUGUAGUGUAAAACUAGCCGGACCGGAUUCCUUUCGCCGACACCGAGAGCGAAAGAAAAGAGGGCGACAUCUGAAAGGUGCCGGAGAGGAUGCCGCAGCCCCACCGCCACUACUUUGAUUUCGUGGCUGUGUUGAAACGUUUGCGACCCGCUCCCACAACAACACGUAGCCCGCUAACAGGCUAGUUUAGCAUUAGCAUUAGCUGCCGCCCGGCCUCUGACAGCUGUCACCCCCGGAAGGCCGGCUGCAGGGGUGGGGAUUUAACUUUCUCUCUAACGUCUGGACUUGAGCAGCCGUGAACUCGCUAAUGAUAAACUACUGUUUAUUUCAUGUAACUUAGGUAAGAAUGGAUUCGUCUUUGACCUUUGGGAUACGCGACGAGAAAUGCUUGGCAACUGUAAGAGGUCAGGAGCUGAGGUCUGGCCAGAAGGAGCCCAGACUACUGUCACUAAUUGAGAGCUGUGGAGAGUUUAUAUUGGGUGUUUUGGCCACCCCUGAUGCUGUUGUGUCUAAUCCAGUACCUCAGUUGUCUAUACCCAUCAAUGGUCAUUUUCAAAUUGUGCGAGAGGCUGAAGAAGCUCUUCUUAUUGACUUCCCAGUAGACACCUGCGUUAGGAUACGUGUCCGAGGGGAGAAAACCCCAGAGCUGCUGUUGGAGCUGCAGGAUGAUGAGCGCACACAUACUUUCUUCUCCCAGGUGAAGAGGGCCAAGCAGCAAGCUGAAUCCAAACCCAAGCUCCCCAAAGCGAUGGAGCCCCUUGUACCAGCUCCCCACAGAGGUCCCGUCCCCAUCCCACCACAAAGAGCAAACAAGACUGCAAACUCCAUGGUCUCAGGAGCUAACCCACCCAAAUCCACUAGUGCACUGCCUCUCAGCCUCAACAACAGCACUUCAACAGACCAGACUAUCCAAGCAGACAAAGUAGAUCCAGCUCAGUCGCUGGCCUCAGACUUCGGUUUUGAGGAUAACUUCAACCACUCUCUCAAAGUGGAGGAAAAAAAGAACCACCAGAAUCGUAUCGUUGCCCCUCGGGAACCUCCUCCUGUGCCGCCGCUUCCUCCUCGUAAAGGCUCCUACAUUCCAACCAAUCCUCUGCCUCCUACACCUGUCCCCAAAGAAAGAGCCACCUCCAUACAGGGCAAAGACAAUACCUCUGUCACUCCAAACAAACAAGACGGCUUUAGAUCUGGAUUCGACCGCGUGGACAGGCCACCAUCAUGGAGCGACAGUCCCACUACAAACAGCAUGAGACAGGCCAUGAUGUCCAGUCAGGCAGGCCAGAGAGAAUACCUCAUCAAACACCGCCUUGGCAAGAAGGAGAAGGAGUAUGUGGACAUCCAGAACUUUAGGUUCUUCACAGGUACAUGGAAUGUGAAUGGCCAGUCUCCUGACAGCACCCUGGAGCCGUGGCUCUGCUGCGACACAGAGCCUCCAGAUGUUUAUGCUCUGGGGUUUCAAGAGUUGGACCUGAGUACUGAGGCCUUCUUUUACCUGGACUCCUCCAAGGAGCAGUUAUGGGUAGAUGCUGUGGAGAGAAGCUUACAUCCAAAAGCUAAGUACAAGAGGGUCCGCAUCAUCCGACUAGUUGGAAUGAUGCUGGUGGUCUUUGUCAACAAGGUGCACAAGAAUCACAUCAAAGAUGUGGCUGCAGAGCACGUAGGGACUGGAAUCAUGGGAAAAAUGGGGAACAAAGGUGGCGUGGCAGUGAGGUUUAUUUUCCACAACACAAGCUUCUGCUUUGUGAAUUCACACCUCGCGGCACAUGUGGAGGACUUUGAGCGCCGCAACCAAGACUACAAAGACAUCUGUGCCCGCAUGACUUUCCACCCUUUGGACAGCCCGCCGCUCAGUAUCGUCAAGCAUGAUGUUGUAAUCUGGCUGGGAGAUUUGAACUAUCGUCUGUUUGUGUACGAUGCUGCUGAGGUCAAACAGCUCAUAGCUCAGAAAGAGCUGAAAAAGCUGCAGGAGUAUGAUCAGCUCAACAUUCAGAGGCAGACUAAGAGAGCCUUCACCGACUUCAUGGAAGGGGAUAUUAACUUUAUCCCAACUUACAAGUAUGAUGCCAAAACAGAUCGAUGGGACUCAAGUGGGAAGUGCCGUGUGCCGGCUUGGUGUGACAGAAUCCUGUGGCGGGGCAGUAAUGUCAAGCAGCUCCAUUACCGGAGCCACAUGGAACUGCAGACUAGUGACCACAAGCCUGUUAGCUCCCUGUUCAGCAUAGGGGUUAAGGUGGUGAACGAGCAGCGCCACAAGAAGGUCUUUGAGGAAAUUGUUCGCAUGAUGGACAGAAUGGAGAACGAUUUCCUCCCAUCUCUAUCUUUAAGUAGGAGAGAGUUUACAUUUGAAAAUGUGAAAUUCCGGCAGCUUCAGAAGGAGCGUUUUGUAAUCACAAAUGACGGGCAGGUCCCCUGUCACUUCGCCUUCAUCCCCAAACUCAAUGACUCACAGUAUUGCAAGCCUUGGCUCCGUGCUGAGCCAAGUGAUGGAUUCUUGGAGCCCAAUGAGACCCUGGAGAUCUACCUGGAGGUGUACGUCAGUAAAGACUCUGUCACGCUGCUGAACUGUGGAGAGGACGCCAUAGAGGACAUUCUGGUGCUGCAUCUGGACCGUGGCAAGGACUACUUCAUUACCAUCUCAGGCAACUACCUGCCCAGCUGCUUUGGCACCUCGCUGGAGACACUGUGUCGCAUGAAGAAGCCCAUCAGAGAAAUCCCCAUCACUAAGCUCAUCGACCUGGGAGAGGACAGCUUCAUGGAAAAGGAGAAGUCCAAGAUGAACUUCCUGAUGGUGGAUGGGUCUGGUACAGAGGACAAGCCUUUAAAGAUCCCGAAGGAGGUCUGGAUUCUGGUAAACCACCUCUUCACCAAAGCUUGUCAGCAGGAGGAUCUGUUCCAGACCCCCGGCCUUCAAGAAGAGCUGCAGAAUAUCAUCGACUGUCUGGACACCAGCAUCCCAGACUCCAUUCCCGGUUGUAACCACUCCGUGGCUGAGGCUCUGUUGAUCUUCCUGGAAGCCUUGCCAGAGCCUGUGGUGUGUUAUGAACUCUACCAACGCUGCCUGGAAUGCUCUCAUGACAGCCGCCUCUGCAAACAGCUAAUCUCCCAGUUGCCUCGGGCUCAUCGCAAUGUGUUCCGCUACUUACUGGCCUUCCUGAGGGAACUGCUCAAGCACUCUCACAACAACAACCUAACUGCCAGCCUCAUAGCUACCCUCUUUGCCAGCCUUCUCAUCCGGCCGCCACCCAACCUGGUAGUCCGGCAGACAUCGCAAGACCGGCAGAGAGCCAUUGACUUCAUCCUGGGAUUCCUCAUGGCCGGAGAUGAGGAGUAAUUAUGGCUACAGGUCAUUCACACAGUCAGAAGAUUCCACGUUGUUUACCAACCUGGCUUAAUGGUUGCAAAAGGAUGGGACCUGUAGGACACAGUGUAAUGUAUUUUGUCAUCUGUUGGAGACUAGUGCAGUUGUUUUGCACCCUACCUUUCACAGACUUUUUCUUUAGAAGUACCCCAGACCUUGUUGGACUGUUCCAUCGUAACUGUCAUGAUUUUACCAAGUCUCAUAGCUUCACCUGUGUUGACAGUAUGGCCGCUGGAUUUGGUUGUACUUAGGAAAGGUUUGAACUGAUGCCUGCGCACUUUUUGCUGACCUAAAGGAACUGUGCCUCCAGACUGGGGAUGUCCUCCUUCUCAGUUGACCCCUCUUAUUGUAGGUGCUCAUGCCAAAAUAACCCCCUUAUUAGUCAAUAGUAUGAAUGUAAGAACAGUAGAAGCUUAAUGACUCCAUCCCACUAAGGAAUGGAAAAUAACUUCCUGAAGUUUGGAAACCUAAGGUGUAAAGUGAGACUGGAGAAAAGUGUAGUGAAAUGGGGUUCAUUGAGUCUGUAAAUAUCCCAUCAAGAAUGUUCAACUCAAGACAAAAGAUGACAAUCGGCCAUUUCAGAGCAGUCAUACUUAAACGGCAGUAUCUGCUAGAAUAAUUUGUGGUCAUAUCCACUGUAGUUUAACUAAUGUUAUUUAUAAUUUUUUUUUUUUCUUCAACAAAGUUUGCACCAUCAAUUUUUUGUUUUCCUACUGUGGUUUAUUUUCAACCCCUCAUUUGUUUUAAAAAGAAAAAAAAAAACUGUUUUUGGACAUUAUUGGAAAUAUUAUUUUGAAUGGAUACAACUUGUUUUUAUCAUUUUGUUAUAGGAAAUUCCAUAGCCGUGAAUGUUUGCUGUGAUUCUGUGUAACUUCAACCGUGAGCCUUACAUCAAGUUUUGCCAGUUCCUCUGUUUGAGUUACAAAACAUGUCUGUUCACACACUAACUUCCUGGUCAACCAGAAUAGAUUGAAGAGUCACCCCUUGUGGUCUUGAUGUCUUAACUGGUGUAUAUAGUGAUCCUGUCCUUGUUGACUUCUAUGGGUAUUUGACUCUUGCUGUGGUGGUGCAAAUCUCUUAUGGUGUCUACAGUAUGUUAUGUCUGUCAUGAAGGUGGUACUGUUGAUGUUUAUGUGUUCACAUGUUUCCUUGCUUCUGCCAUGUCUAAAAGCCUAAAUUUUAUGCUUUGUAUUCAUUGUUUUAGGCCUGUAUGAUGCCAAGGCACUUUUAAGUUUGUAUUUCCCAUGGUGACUUCAGAUUAUUAAUACCCCUAUUGCUGUGCAGAAUUCUAAGUGAUGCAGCAUUUUCUGGGUGCGAGUUAAACUUUUAAUGGGUCAUUACUCUGCAAGACAAAGCCCGUCUUUGUGCACCUUUAUCAUUUGUGCCACAGAGGAAAUAUGCAUUUUUUUCAGUCACUGCUGCACAACAUGUUGUGGCUAUGGAAUGAGGAACUCCUAUGCCAUCUAUAAUGAACACUGUUUCCUCUUUAACACUUUUAUUCACAUAGCAUUAGCUUUCCCACUUGACAUUAAUAUUUAAAACAUUGUCUGACACUAAUUUCCCGAGCUCCAUAUUUCCCGUUAGUGAUGCCAGCAAAGCCUACAAGUUUUCUUAUCAGACACUACAGGAUCUCUGGUUCAAACUAAUAUAACUCUGGAGACAAUGUGAACACAUCAUAUAAUGUGACAAGGCUGACAAUCAUGGCACUGAAGGUUAUGCCUGUUGGGCUGAAGUUGCACCAUUCUAGUGCAGUUUCCUCUGCCUCAUUGCCACCAAUAAAGUAGAUUCCUCUGAUGAGCCGGGCAUGAUUCUCCAUUUCUCAGAGUUGUUGUUGGCCUUAAUCGUUGGCUGAGCUUUGCCAAAUGUGGCUUGGGCUGGAGGGAAUGGUUCCUGGUGACUUACAAUUCAACUAUGUAUGUGUAAAUCAGGGAGAGCCAUUCACAAUAGCCAUGUACUUGUUCAGAAAGACUACCCUUAUUCCAUAAAACAUUAGAAAAAUGCAUAUCAGAAGAUCAAUCUCUAAUUUUACGUGUUGUCUUAUGCCACUAUACCAAUUGAUGUAUUUGUGUGGUAUCAUUGUGCUCUAUAUUUUGUCAUCUCUGGUCCUUAUGUCUUCAGUUUUUUCACGGCCUGUUUUAAAUAAUUAUGGUACACAUGCAAGAACAAACUUGCACACCUGUUAUUUUCAACUUUUCAGAUUUUUGGUACUUUUAAUUUAUUUAACAGAAAUAAAACUAUGUACAAAGCA